ACGUGACAAAUGAUGUCUAAAAUUGAAAUUUAGUGAAUAAAGGGAAUUAUGUAUUUGAUUUUAAAAAUACGACCGAUUAAUUUCACAUUCUUGAAUUGCAUAUUCGUGAAAAAUAUAUUUCUUGUCAAUGUUAGGGCGUGUCAAUGCCAAAAUUCUAAAUAGGCCACGCCCUUUUGCGCAACUAACAAAGUUGUGGAUACCGCUUCCUAUACAAAACACAUUACAAUUGGUUGAAUUAGCAUUGAUAUUACUGCCUUAGCCCAUUCGGAGCAAGCGUUGCAUUUCAUUCAUUCAUUUUGCAUUGUCGAUCGAGUGAGCAAAGCCGGUGCAGGAGAGAUAGUGAGACAACUGACAUUUUAUCAUCUUGUUUUGAUCUAUCAAACACACAAAUUCAAGAUGACUACUACUGUGAUGUUCAGUGGAAAAGAGGGCAAGAACACAUCAAAAGUUUUAGCCCCACCCGGUGGAAAGACUAGUGUUAGUCUGUUUGGAGGGUAUGGUGAAGAUCCAACUCCUGCUCAACCAAAAAAUCAGAGACAGAGCAACCCUCCUUUUGCUUCUGCUGACAUGACUCCUCCUGCUCCAGCCCAAAAUCAGAGAAAGAGCAAUAUUGUCUUUGGUUCCGAAGAGAGUCCUGCUCCAGCCCAAAACCAAAGGAAGGCCCCUUCUCAGUCUCCAUUUGCUCAAGAUAGUCCUCCCGAGACCACUGGUCAAAGGAAAGCACCAAGUCAAUCACCAUUUGCUCAAGAUUAUCCUAGUGGUCAAGCAGCCCAGAGGAGAGCACCUAGUCAAGCUCCGUUUGCUCAGGAUUCUACUGGACCAGCUAAACCUUUCAAACCAGUCUCUACUUUCAGCCUAUCUGGUUCACCCAGUGCUGCCCAGCAACAACAGCAAACACAAAAUGCUUCUUCUCGUCAAGAACCAAACAACCCAGACAACAAGACAAGCAUCAAGAUCGCAAACCCUCCUGGCGGUCGAUCAAGCAUCCAGUUUUAACCUGAUAGUUCUGAGACAGAUCCUUCCUUCUACUUUGAUCAUGAGGUAGAAUAGAUAGAACACAUUCUCUUACAGAUAUUGACUUGUUGACAGUAUACUUAUACCUUCAUUCCAAUAUGGGCACAGCUUCAACAUAAUGGUGUAAAUCUAGUAAACAAAUCAAUGAACAUGUACUGGUGAAUGAUAAUGAAGUGAAUAUUUUACACCCUUUAUAUGCUGUUGAACUAAUUAGGUGACAUUUAGCUUUCUUUUCUCAAUAUUGCACAAUUUACUAAACGUUGACAUUGAUUGAAAAGUGCUAGAUAUAUUCACAUGUAGAAAUUACAAUGUAGGAUAAGCUUGAAAAUAUUUUUUAAAGACAGAUUUUAGUUUUAAUUCGACUGUAUUUCAUGAUCGAAGCAGAAUGUAAGUAAACUAAGUUUCAUUUUACACUAAGCUUUAUGAUGAUAUAUUUGACUUGAAACUAAAACUAGUCGUUUUCUUCCAGUUUCCAAAAAGCAACAUUUUUUAUUGAAUUCUGAAGAGGAAAUCAUUUACAUUCCGGCCUUUUUCUACCGAAUUUUGAUAAGCUGUUUGGUGAUUUUCUUGAGGAAAGAUUUUUUUUUUCAUUUGCUUGUUUGUUGCCAUUUAUUCCUCUUUUUUUUUUUAUUAUUCAAACUGAUUUACCAUUGUACAAAUUGAACUGAGUGCUUGGGAGGUUCAGAGAAUUGAGAAUGUGAAGGGAUAUUAGCCUGUUGUCUGUGAUGUGAUAAAACAAUAUACUAAGUCUGAGUCUGUCAUGUAGAAGCUACUAAAUUAAUCUGAUGUGAUAGGAUUCCUGCAACAUUGUUUUCCUGUUCUGGUGUUCCGACAAAACAAAUGACAGUAGCACAAUUUAUACUGAUAAAUUCUGUUUUGAGAGUAAAACUUUGUUAUUCUGUACAUGUUUAGCUCUCUCAUAAUACUGACAAUCAAAUCAAACCUUGUAUCAAGGAAAUCUAAAUUAUAUGGAAGUUGGAUGGCAUUGUGAAGUUCUUCGUAUUCUUGAAUGGGCUUGUCUGUGUCUUCACAUCUUCCACGAACACUGGUUUGAGAGGAAGUGAAUUAGUACUUGGGUAUCUAGUUUAGCAUCACUGAAAUGAGCAUGAUAUUGCAGGAGAUAUGCCUGGCAUAUCAUUACAUAUAUUCAGAUUUAUGUAAUGCAUUGAUGAUUUAAGAGGAUUAGGUGAAAAGAAAAACUUUUAACAUUAAAUAACAGGCUGAUUUGAUACAAACAGGGGUCUCUUUAUGAAUUUCAAAAUAAAGUGAUGUUAGUCUAUGUAUAUUUGUUUUAUUGUAUUGUAUUAUUUAUUUUCAAAGAUAUGAGGAAUGUGAAGGAAUUUAAAUAUUUGCAAAGAACAAAUUGAUAUUCAAUGAAAUCCAAAUUCUUGAAUAUUUGAAUGCCAUUUGAUAAUUAGAUAUAUAGUAUUAAACAUUAUCUAAAUAGUGAAAUUUUAUUUAAAAAUGAAUAAAUGAAUUCUUUAUCAUCUAAUAUAAGAUAUAAAGUAGAUAAUAUUACUACUUAGCGUCAUAUAAGUGUUUGGUUUUCAAUAGCUUUUUCAUGUGGCAUAUACUUAAUGUGGUUUGAUUUAAAUUUACCUUUGCAUGUUAUUAAUUUGUUCAUUAAAGAUUUGGAUAGUGUAAUUAUUUUUAUAGAAUAAGCUAUUAUUAUCAAGCAUGCUUAUCACAUUGCACAGAAUUAUGUAUGUAUGCAUAGAGGGUAGGAGGGACAAUAUGUAGUAAUUUCCUUAUUUUCUUUGAGAUAGAAUAUACUAUGAUUACAAAAUAUCUUAAAACAUGAUGCCGUACAUGUUAUUUAGGAGAAACUAUGGAUGGAUUGAUUAUGUAACUUAUGCUCCGGUCGCACCGGUAUGAGUUGCUGUGUAUUCUCACACGCAAACAAACACAGGCAUUCCUAUUAAGUGCAGUCACAUUAACUAUAACACAGAGGCCUGCAUUGUGGCUUGGCUUUAAUUCUUAAACUGUUGUAGUGAAGUGAAAUCUAAAAUUGCUGCUUUCUGGAGCUCAUGUUGCUGUAUUUCAUGCAUGAUUUACAUAUACCUGGCUUGAGCGUGGUCUCGCUCACUUGAUUGUAGAUAUUGUUGCGCCUUUGCUCGUAUAUUGCUGCUGCAGUAGCCAUUGUGAUUUAGCAGGCUACAUUCAGAUACCAGCUGGUAUGUCAUACAUUGUAGCUACAGUUAGGUAUGCAAUAUUAUGAAUGUUAGAGUACAAUGUGCAUUUCAGGCUUGAUUUGUUCACUGCAUUUAUAGAGCACAGCAUAAUACUACUUGCUAUGCAGACAUGUGAGCUAGGCUUGGUAGUCUUUAUUAUUAAAGGCCACCCCACACCUUACGAUUGGUCUGCAACCCGAUUUUGGAAUUAAACGUUGUCAAAAUGUAUGCGAAUACUGAUACAUGGAAUAUCUGAUUCUUAAGUUGUAAAUCAUUGUAUGAAUACUUAUGUUAAAAUCUGUGACUAUAUUACCAUCCUUACUAGAAUAAAAAGAAAGUGAAUUGGAAAUCAAGUCGUAAUGACGUCAUAGUAAUCGUAAGAUUGGCUAUGAUUUGAAACCAAUUUGAUCUUUACUCCAAAAUAAUGGCUUGCAAUCCUACAAAAUUGUUAAAUUAGUAUUCUUACAGUUAAUUUGAAUCUCAAAUAAAAAAAAUGAGAUUUGUUCCAAAAUCGGAUCGUGGACCAUUCGUAAGGUGUGCGGUGGCCUUUACAUGGUUCAUCUUGUAGAUCUGGUGUGCAAUGUAUGAAUACAUACUAUUUUAACUCUUCUUCAUGUUUACAACAUCACAUCAAUUUGGCGAAUAUACAUCAUUACUUGAAUAAGAAGAUUUCAGGUUUCAACAGCUUUGUGCAAUAUGCUGCUGAAAGAAACUCUUAAUUUAUUAGCACAAUCAUGAUUACAUUAAAUCAAUUAUUAUAUUACAAGUUGCAUUGGCAUGAAACAUUAAUAGAGAAGUGUACUUAACAAUUUCUUCUAUAUAGAAGAAUGUCUUCACACCACUCCAUAUGCAGUGACAAGUUCAGUUGCGCAAUAUUAAAUGUUUUCUUUGAUGGAGUAUAUGAUAUCGUCUGAAAGUGUUGAUGAAUAUGUACAUGUAUUCAUGCAAACAAAUACAAAAAUAGAAUUUUAAGUAAAUAUAAGCUUCUAGCACCCCUCAGUUCAUGACAAUAAAAGUCUAGAGUUAUCGGAAUAAACAAAUGUACAAGUCAUGGUCUCAAUUUGGGACAUUUGUUUGAUACCUUUGUUAACAAUUUUAAUAGUACAGCAUGGGUUGUUUUUGAUAGUCAGAAGUAUUUGUUCUUGAACCUGCAAAAAUCUGUGUAUUAAAAUAAUUAACCAAAUUCAAUCAUACGAAUUUGUGUAACAAUGUUGCCAUCGAUAUAGCACUUGUUAUUUUUAAGUGUUGGAAUAUUGCAUCUGUCAACUAACUACCGGUACACAACCUUCUGUCACUGAAAUUAUUUCAAAUAUUAAGCACUUUGAUGUGAUGUUCAGCAGAUGAACUUGGUUUUUUCUAUUCAGUGAUUUCUCUUCUGAAGAAAGGUAUUAACUUAAAAUUUGUCAUGAAAAUUGCAUAUUGCAGAUGUGUAUGUGAGCAACUUAUGGUAAGUUUAACCACAUACAUACAGGAGGUCAUUGGUUCAUGGCCAUUACUCACAAACGCAUGAUUCUAUAUGCACAUGUGUAAUCAAAUUAUGCAUGAGCUAAAUCACUUGCUACAUUGCAUCAGUUGUGGGAAGUUUAUUUACUGACCUUGCAUUAAUUGUCAGGAGGCCACAGAUUAAAAAAUAAUACCGUUAUCCUACAAAACUGGCCAGAAUGUGCAAAAAAAUUUGUUUUUCAUUUUCUGAAAUAUUCAGUUGUCAGCUUUAUUGAGUGUUAGGAGCUUGUAACGUUUUGAAUUUCAUUUCCACACAAAUAUCAAUAUUUGAAUCUAUACAGAUUUUUGUCAAUUUUUUCCUUUGCUUCGUGAAUUUUUAGUAUCUAGCACAACCCUUGUGCAUACUGUGUGUGAAUAUCUUUUCCAGACUGGAUUGACGUAUCAUUUCGACUAUUUCUAUUUAUUGCAAUGUUCCAUACAUUUGUACUUUUCUGUGUCAGUUUAUUUGAUGUGUAUAACCUAUGUGGGGAUAUCAGCCUAAGUGAGCUCUGGAUAACAUACAUCAAUGUUAAUGUAUAACAAAAUGGUGUUAACUAUAUGGCAUAAUUUUGCUUGUCACGUCUUGAGGGAUAACUUUGCACAGAUUCACCCAUGCAAUAUAACUGAGAGUGACUAUAUCAAUCGAUGUGAUAUUGAUAUUCAAUGAUUAAUGCUAGAAUUAAAAUUCUUUGCUAUGAAA